CCCUUCCUCGUUCAAUCUCUCUUCCUCUCCUCCGGGUUCUCUUCCUCGUUCCUUCCUUCUUUCGCUUCUCUUCGAAGCCGCUCUUAUUUUUAUUUUUUUUCCCCCUCUCCCCUUCCGAGGCAAGUCAGCGCCAAGCCCAGGGUCUUUGCAAGAAGACAGCGAAGCGCGCAGAAAGAGGAGAGCAACGGCGGUGCCGCGAUAUAUUUAUUUUAAUAACCCCCCCCUCUUGAUCGUUGCUCGGAGGGCGAAAGGGAAACGGAGGGGAGAUUGCUUGGAUAUAUUUAUUUUUUUUCCUUCCCCCCCCCUUCCGAAAAAAAUAAAAAUAAAUAAAUAAGGCAAGCAAGCAAUGGGAAGCAGCAGUUUGGAAGCACCUCGUGCAAGGCGAUGUUUUGAAUCGUGCCUCUGUUUUCAAGGAUUAAAGGAUGAAUAGGCACGGCUGCGAUGAAGAGAGAAGGCGAUUCAAGCUCCCCGUAUAAGGCGUCCUUCCGAAAGGGAUCCUGAAGUCCUGGCCAGUGACGUCACCCAGAGAAGCGUCUUCCCUGUUGGGGGCAACUUGGCCUCUCCUUGGUGGCAAGUGCUGCCUCUGCAAACCUGCUUGUGCAAUGGGUGGGUUUUGAGCACUGGUAAGACGUGUGAGCCUCGUGGCUUUUUAACGGCCUUCUGACUUCUUCUUGCCUUGAUCUCCAUGUGGUCUCCUGUUCUGUCUCUGGGGUUUCUACUGUCAGGUAAUGAGGAGCUGUGGGUCCCAUCAGCCUUGGAGAUGCCGAAGCGACGAGACAUCUUGGCGAUUGUGCUGAUUGUGCUUCCCUGGACACUGCUUAUCACCGUCUGGCAUCAGAGCGCCAUUGCUCCCCUGCUUGCCGUGCAUAAGGAGGAUGGUGGGGACACCCGUCGUGACUUCUCCCAAGGCUCGGACUCUAAAGAGUAUUGCUUAUCUGACCGUGACAUUGUGGAGGUGGUUAGGACAGAAUACGUCUACACCCGCCCACCUCCUUGGUCGGACGCCUUACCCACUAUCCAUGUGGUCACUCCUACUUACAGCCGGCCGGUCCAAAAGGCGGAGCUGACACGGUUGUCCAAUACGUUUUUGCAUGUCCCAAACUUGCACUGGAUCUUGGUGGAGGACUCCCAACGUCGGACUGCUUUGGUCACUCGGCUUUUGAGAGACACUGGGCUGAACUACACCCACCUCAACGUGGAGACCCCACGCAACUACAAGCUGAGAGGGGACAUGCGGGACCCCCGGAUUCCUCGGGGAACCAUGCAAAGGAACCUGGCCCUCAGGUGGCUGAGGGAGACUUUUAAUAGAAACAACAGUCAACCAGGGAUUGUUUACUUUGCGGAUGAUGAUAACACCUAUAGUCUGGAACUUUUUGAGGAGAUGCGGACCACCCGCAGAGUAUCUGUCUGGCCAGUGGCCUUCGUGGGAGGCUUGCGGUACGAGUCCCCCAAAGUCAACGCUGCCGGGAAGGUGUAUGGAUGGAAAACUGUCUUUGACCCCCACCGGCCGUUUGCGAUCGACAUGGCAGGCUUUGCUGUCAACCUCAGGCUAAUCCUUCAGCGACCUCAGGCUUACUUCAAACUGCGAGGGGUCAAGGGGGGCUAUCAAGAGAGCAGCCUGCUCCGGGAGCUGGUUACCUUGCAUGACCUUGAACCCAAAGCUGCCAAUUGCACUAAGAUUCUCGUCUGGCACACAAGGACCGAGAAACCCGUGCUGGUGAACGAGGGAAAGAAAGGCUUCACAGAUCCCAACGUGGAAAUCUGACAUCACGCUGCAAAGCCAGGAGCGAUGCGAGCAGUCUGUUCCCACCCCGAUUCCAGACUCAAACUGGGCCCUUGAUCAACCAGAGGAAAACACCCAGCCGAAUUGCUCCAUAUACCAGAGAACAGCUUGGGUUUUUGUGCAGAGGGGGGGGGAGGAAAGGAGAUCAAUAAAUUAAUAAAUCAGUAUUUAAAAAACAACAACAGCUCACUUAUGCCUGAUCUUCUGGAAAACGAUCCAAUAAAAUGAAAUGAAACAACAACAGAUAAAAAGCAGAGCGAUAGAAAUGUGGGACUCCCCAAAGGCCAUUGGUGAAACAAGAGCAAUGCAAAAUCAGCAAGAGGGCAAAAGCCAGGUUAUGGAUUGGUCAGCUUCCUCCAUCAUCUGCCCUAGAUAUUAGAACAGGAGAAUUAGAAGGGGAAUUGAUACAUGCUAUAAACAUCCUCGGGCAGUCUGUCUGAAACAUGCUGGCUGGGGAG